GUCUUCAAUAGCGCCUGAGCCGAGAAUGAGCCCGCAAGUUCAUUUGCACACAGAAUGGUCUAAUACUUUGCCUAAAAGAUAAACCAAGUUUGACUUAAAGAAGUCGACGUUGUACAACCCUACGCAGGGGUCUUGUAGUGUCUUUGGGUGAUGGAAUUUCCAGCUGUGUGGAAUAAAAGGGCCUACGUUACCACGUUUACACAUCUGCGGCGCUUUACUGCGCCUGCGCUUUACGUGGUGCGCAAAUCCUCCAAUUCAAUCCCACACUGGGAAUUGGAAAGGACUAACCCAAGAAACACCAGAGGAUAAGCAACCGGGAGAGAGAGAUAGAGAACUCAGAAACCAGAGUUAGAAUCAACUUUUGUCACAGUUUUUGGAGAGCUAGAUGAAAAUGAGCCGAUGCGUGCACACAAUGAUAUAUCUAGCGGUUCUGGUGGCGUUCGCCGCCUGUAACGCUCCCCCGGUUCCGUUAGAUGACAUCGUCAUUGAGAAAACUUUCGUGCCAGAACAGUGCGUACGGGCGGUUAAAGUCGGGGACUUUGUCAGGUAUCACUACAAUGGCAUGUUCCCGGACGGCAAGAAAUUUGACUCCAGUUAUGACCGUGGCAGCACCUAUAAUGUCUUUGUGGGCAAGAAGCAGCUGAUUGAAGGCAUGGAUAAAGCUCUAGUAGGGAUGUGUGUGAAUGAGAGACGGUUGGUCAAGAUCCCCCCGAAACUUGCCUAUGGAAAGGAAGGUCAUGGUGAUGUUGUCCCUCCCGAUUCCAUCCUCCAUUUUGACGUUCUACUGUUGGAUGUGUGGAACCCUGAGGACGGGGUGCAGAUCAAAACAUACUACAGUCCAGCGGAAUGUUCUAGAAAAGUAGAAGUGUCCGACUAUGUACGCUACCACUACAACGGAACCCUCCUGGACGGAACGCUCUUCGACUCCAGCCACACCCGUCUGCGUACCUAUGACACGUAUGUUGGCAUCGGCUGGCUGAUUGCUGGCAUGGACCAGGGGCUGCUGGGAAUGUGUGUGGGAGAGAAGCGCAUUAUCACCAUGCCCCCAUCUCUAGGAUACGGAGAAAAUGGAGAUGGGAGUGACAUCCCAGGGCAGGCGUCGUUGGUGUUUGACGUGGUUCUGUUGGACCUCCACAAUCCCAAAGACAGCAUCACCAUCACCAACAAGCAGCUUCCUGAUCCAUGCCCCAGGAAGAGCACUGAAGGCGACUUUGUUCGCUACCACUACAAUGGGUCACUGUUGGAUGGAACGUUCUUUGACUCCAGCUACUCCCGUAACCGCACGUAUGACACAUAUGUGGGGCGGGGCUACGUGAUAGCCGGCAUGGACGAGGGCCUUAUUGGUGUCUGUAUUGGGGAGAGGCGUACCAUCACUAUCCCCCCACACCUUGCCUAUGGAGAGGAGGGAACAGGUACAAAGAUCCCAGGCUCGGCUGUGUUAGUGUUUGAUGUUCACAUCAUAGAUUUCCACAACCCGUCAGACACGGUGGAGAUGAACACCACCCACAAGCCUGAGGUCUGUGACCUGCUCACUAAGAAAGGAGAUUACGUCAAAUACCACUACAACGCCUCACUACUAGACGGCUCACACAUCGACUCUACGUACAACUACGGGAAGACGUACAACAUAGUUCUCGGGGCUAACCAAGUGGUUCCUGGGAUGGAGGAGGGACUAAAGGACAUGUGUGUAGGAGAGAGAAGGCACGUGGUCAUCCCUCCUCACCUGGGCUAUGGAGAGAGGGGAGUGGAUGGAGAGGUUCCAGGAAGUGCAGUUCUGGUGUUUGACAUUGAGCUGCUUGAGAUUGAGGAGGGACUUCCUGAGGGUUACAUGUUCAUCUGGAAUGAGGACGUGUCACCUGACCUCUUCACUGAGAUGGACACAGACAAGGACCUCCAAGUGGUACCCUCAGAGUUCACAGAUUACAUCCUGCGUCAAGUAAACGAGGGCAAAGGUCGUCUAGCCCCAGGUUUCGACCCUUACCGCAUUAUUGAAAACAUGUUCUCCAACCAAGACCGCAACGGAGAUGGGAAGAUCACAGAGGACGAGUUCAAACUGAAGGCUGACGAAUCUGCCAACCACGAUGAGCUAUGAGGGGUGGAGUCUUAGAGAGGGGGCGGGGUCAAGCUCUUUGUUGAGAUGUAUGAUUGUGUGUGAGUGUAUGUGUGUGUGUGUGUGUGUGUGUGUGUUUGUAUGUGCGUGUAUGCAUAUGUGCAUAGUUGGGAUCAGGGCUGGGGUAAAUAUCAAAUGGUGUCUAUACAGUAAGCCAAAGAGUUUUACUACUAUUGUGAAAACAAAGGUUAUUUGAUAUGUGACUGUUUUUUAUAUAGUUGACUGGUUGGUGGCUUAGACUAUACUCCUCUUUGGUCAUCCAAGCCUUCUGCACAAGCAAUAAUAACAGUCUGAGCUGAAAACAUAUUUUGUGGUGGCGGUAAUGAUGAAGAAGAUGAUGAGAAUGAUGAUGGAUUUACUUUUGUUUACCUCCUCUUGCCUAUAGCCCGGUAUUAUAAUUUAGGAACAAAUUUCAGUGUUUCGAGAAGUACCUUUAUUAGUCUCAGAAAAGUGUCUGUCUACACGAUGCGAUUCAAACUCCAUUGCAGUCAGAACCAUGUACUCUAGCGUGGAUACAUGUUUUUAUAUUUAAUCUCUUGUGUGUCCACUCUGCUCUAUUUUGGUCCUUAACCUGUACUUGUAAUGAUGUUAGAAAGUAGUAGAGAUGCAGAAUUAUUUAAUGCUGUCCCAAUAUUAAUUAGCACAUGCUUUUCAUUUAUAUUUUCUGCUGUCCUAAAAAAUCACAGGGAGAACCCCAUUGGCCGUCCCAGACGUUCAUCAGGUGUUUGGUUUUGCUUUGUUGUGUUCCUCUAGAACUUUCCUCCCACCACAGUUCUGUACUCAUGGUUUUUGUUAUGGCUGCAGGUGUGUGUGUGUGUGUGUACAGGUGUGACCUUUUAGUGUUUGUGGGAGUGAGUGAGAAAGAGAGAGUGUAUGUUACAGAUAAGAUUAUUGUGUGUCUAAUGUCUCUAAAUCCCUAGAGAUGGACGAUAAUGAUGUGAUGCUGUAAAAUGUGUUUUAAUAAAUGGCUGCUCCAACCUUUUAUACACCAAGAAAUAUUUCCCCUUAAUGUAUGUUCCUGAGUGGCAAUCACAAACAUGUUAAUGAUUCUGACAUCAUCUGUGUUAGAAAUAUUUGUGCAGGUUGUUAUGCAAGCUGAAAAGAAUGCUGUUGUGACAGAUAUUUCAUAUAAUCUCAUGCAGGAAGGGAAAUUCUGUGUACCAGAUUCCGGUGUGCAGAGACAGUCGUUCUUCACAGCUGUGAACACAAGCUUUGACUAAGUAGACUGACGUGGGACAUCCAAAGGUGGAAAACAGAUCAAUGUAAGUUGAACAGAAAAUGUCAGAACAUUAAUGAAAGGACUACUUUUUACAUGAAGAGUUUGACAACUCUGGACCACCAUAGACUUGUCUCCUUGCUGCAUGCUGCAAGAAAUAAACGUUAUUGACUCCAUCGACUCUGUGCACUACUUGAUAAAAGUAGUUAGCAUUAGUUAAUUCAAUGCUGCUAUUUCACAUGUUCUAUGUCUCUGUUCAAUAAAAACACAAUAC